AUGGCUAGCCCCGUGGCAGCCGGAUACCCUCAGCCUGUUGCUUCCCCUCCCCCUGUCUACCUUCGAUCUUCCCCGCCGGCCUCCCCCACUCACCAUCAGUCUACACCACGGUCGAUGCCCAGGGGACCUUUGAAUAUGGGCAUUGGGCGGAAAUCCCCUCCAGCCUCGGUGCCAUUGGCAGACAAUGUCGUCAACAACCAGUAUAUCUCUACUCCUAGUGUUGACGUCAACGGGGACACAAAGCUGCCUCUGGUGUCCAACAAAACAGUUGACAAUUUCCCCGACGAUUAUGAGGUCCCUCCACUACCCACCACGGCAUUUUCCAAAUUGACGAUGGAAGAGGAUUCACCACAAAUAAAUGUUCGGGGUCCACACGGCGAUUUCCCUUCCCGCGGAGAUUCUUAUGGCGCCCCACCUCACUCAGAGUCGUUCGCGCAUGGACACACGCCUGCCAGCAGUGGCUCCUGGUCAUUGGUAGAGUCACAGGGGAGAGAUGAGCCGAACAAAUCAAGCAGAUCCCCGUCGGAUCAGGAAGCCCCAAGUGGUAGUCAGGAGUGCUCCUCCCGGGGUAGCUUGGACAGCAUGUCCCAGGUACCGGAAGGUUAUGUAGAGCAGGAGCCGGAGCCUCUACACUACCACCAUCGCCCUUACCAGCCCUCCAAAACGGGUGGAUCUACUGAGAAUUUUAUUGGCCCAAAUGGGCACCUAAGUGCUGGACGAUCUAGACCACCAAGGCCGCGCUCAGCGUACUCAUUUGCAUCCGAUCUAGGAGGCGAAGGACGCAAUGGGUCUCCCCAGGCAUCUCCAUACCUUCGCGCACAUUCGUCGUCCAGGAAUUCGACAGCAUCCCCCGAUGUUCGACCCCUAUCAUUCGUUGAUCUUCUGAAUACCCCCUAUCCGCAGCCUGGCCCUGCACCGGCACAGUUCGGUAACUCCCACCUCCAGUCGUCCGUUGGCAAUAAUGCGUCCUUGCUUAGCCACAAGCAAACAUUUGAUAUGUACCUAGCCAACGUGAAAAAGACCGAUGAUCCAGCCAUCCAAUAUGAGUUUGCAAUUUUCAUGGUCAAUGCAAUGCUAGAGAUGCCCACCCAGGACCUUGACGAGGCAGCCGCGGCGUAUGGCCGGAAGGGAUCUGAAAUCACUCGAGCGAGCCUGCUGCGAGAAGCCAAGUCGAUCCUUCAGCGCCUGUCCGACCGCAGCUAUCCUUUUGCACAAUACUACUUGGCAGACGGAUAUGCGUCGGGGCUAUUCAGUAAAGGCAAAGAGGACCAUGAUCGGGCAUUUACCCUGUUUGUCGCAGCAAGCAAACACGGCCAUGUAGAAGCGUGCUACCGAACAGCGCUCUGCUACGAGUUCGGAUGGGGCACUCGAGUCGAGGCGGCAAGAGCCCAGCAGUUCUAUCGCCAGGCGGCGUCUAAGAACCAUCCGGGGGCCAUGUUGCGCAUGGCCAAAGCUUGUCUGGCAGGAGAUUUGGGCCUGGGGAAGCGCUACCGGGAGGGAGUGAAGUGGUUGAAGCGGGCGACAGAAUCCUCCGAUGCGCAGUAUAACUCGGCCCCUUACGAACUCGGGCUGCUACACGAGUCGGGAUAUGGCGACGAUGUCUUCGCGGAUCCUGCUUAUGCCGCCCAACUUUUCACCAAAUCGGCAGAUCUAGGCCACGUGGAGGCAAGCUAUCGCUUAGGGGACGCUUACGAGCAUGGGAAACUGGAAUGCCCUCGCGAUCCGGCCUUGAGCAUACAUUUCUACACGGGAGCUGCACAGGGGGGCCAUCCCCUUGCGAUGAUGGCGCUGUGUGCGUGGUAUCUGGUGGGGGCAGAGCCUGUUCUGGAGAAAGACGAAAAUGAGGCGUAUGAAUGGGCCAAGCGUGCCGCCGAUCUGGGGCUGAGCAAAGCUCAAUAUGCUGUUGGAUAUUUUACGGAAAUGGGCAUUGGUUGCCGGCGUGACCCACUGGAAGCCAACGUUUAUUACGUGAAGGCGGCGGAGCAAGGGGAUACUCGUGCGACGCAUCGAAUUGCGGCGAUUCGAGCAGCGGCAGAGGGGGUGGAUCCAGCGCAGGCCGCUGCCAGUAACGGACAGAGGAAUAAGAAGGAUGGCAAGAAGCGAUUUGGCCUAUUUUAG